AUGGCGCCAUACGCUCUUACCCCCACGUCGGAGCGGGGAAGUCUCUUGGAUGCAGAACUGAACGAACAUACCAAUGGUGUACAUGAACCAACAAAUGGAAAUGUGGCUCACGAGCACUCCAAUGGAGCUGCAAAUGGCCAUAACGAUGUCCACCGCAACGGUGUCACGCUACCAGACGCUGAUAGCUCCGAAGCACCUCAACUGGUACUGGACACAGCUGCCCCAGCGAUCCCCUACGAGACUGCAUAUACGAAUGGGUACACGGAAGGCUACACGGAAGGAUACAGCAAGAGCCAUGUCGAACUGCAAAACCAACCGAUUGCUAUCGUUGGCAUGGCGUGUCGCUUCCCUGGUAACGUUUCGACGCCUGAUGAAUUCUGGGAGCUCUGCGCACGUGCUCGAACCGGCUUCUCCGAGAUCCCAAAAGACCGCUUCAAUAGCAAUCGAUUCGUUCAUCCUAAUCCUGGCAAGAGCGGUACAACAAACGCACAUGGUGGCAAUUUCAUACAGGCAGACCUUAAAGCCUUCGACGCUCCGUUCUUCAGCUUCACGGCCCAAGAGGCCACCAGUCUAGAUCCACAGCAGCGCCUCCUUCUGGAGUGCACGUUUGAAGCCCUGGAGAGUGCUGGGAUACCAAAACAUUCCAUCGUAGGCCAGGAUGUUGGCUGCUUCAUUGGUGGCACGUUCUCCGAGUACGAGGCAGAUCUUUUCAGAGACCCAGAGACUAUUCCAAUGCAUCAGGCUACCGGAUGCGCUUUCGCCAUGCAGUCGAAUCGCGUCUCGCAUUUCUUUGACCUAAGAGGUCCUUCAUUUACGGUAGACACUGCCUGCUCUAGCAGUAUGGUUGCAAUGCACGUUGCAUGCCAGAGCGUUCGAAAUGGCGAAUCGAGCUCAGCCAUCGUGGGAGGAGUUCAUCUCAAUAUGUUACCGGAGUUUUGGAUCUCUUAUUCCAUGUCUAGGCUGUUUGGUGAAGCUGGAAGGUCCUUUGCCUUUGAUCAAAGAGGCACUGGUUAUGGUCGAGGCGAGGGGUGCGGUAUCAUAGUUCUUAAGACGCUGGAGCAAGCACUCAAGGAUAAUGACCCUAUUCGAGCCGUCAUCACCGGCAGUGGUAUCAACCAAGAUGGGAGAACACCAGGUAUUACCAUGCCGAAUGGUUCCGCACAAGGUAUGCGAAUGUUUGUCACCUGUGUCAAUCUAAGCUCACCGCUCUCAGAAUCCCUGAUGCGAUCCGUCUAUAAAAACGGAGGCAUGGAUCCUGCAGACACAGGCUACGUUGAGGCUCACGGAACCGGAACGCGAGUAGGUGACCCCAUUGAAGUCGGCGCACUACGUGCCGUGUUUGGUGAAGGACGGACGAAGCGGAAGCCACUGUUCAUUGGCUCGGUGAAGUCAAAUAUUGGUCACUUAGAGGCAGCAGCCGGUAUCGCAGGCGUGAUCAAGACUGCCCUUAUGCUCGAACGUGGUUUCAUUCUGCCGAAUUACGACUUCAAACAGCCAAACGAGAAGAUCCCGUUCGACGAGUGGGGGCUAAAGGUACCGACCAAUCAACGACCUUGGCCGAUAGGCAAGCGAUGGGCGAGCGUCAACGGUUUUGGUUUUGGUGGCACUAACGCUCAUAUUGUUCUGACCAAAGGUCCACUCGAAAGAAAGACCAUGAAAGAAGAGAUCGACACGCAGGCAUUUGAAAGGUUGUUCUUGUUGAGCGGAAACGACAAGAUUGCUGCUGAACAGGUGAUGAAGAAUUACGGCAUCUACCUUGAGCAACGUCCUGAGGUAUUCCAAAACGAUCUGUUGAGCAAUUUGGCAUACACUCUUGGGCAGCGCAAGACACAUCUUCCGUGGCGCUUAGCCGUGACUGCGUCAAGCUCUGUCGAUCUUGUCGAAGCGCUCUCAAGUGGCAAAGUCCGUCCAGUCAAACAAGACUUGGAAUCGGUUCGCUUGGGCUUCAUUUUCACUGGCCAAGGUAAGAAGAUGUGA